AAUGCAUGCUCUACCAGUCGAGGGCGCUCUAACGCCGCUCGUCGUUUUUCCCUACAUUCUUCGGCUCCAUUUUAUCAACGGAGACAGAAUCCGUGGGCCGCGUUCACCUUAGAAACCAUUUGAACCGCGGGGAAACCAGAACCGAACCGAAGCGCCAUGCCCGCCGGACUGACAGAAUUUCCAGAAAUCUGUGAGAAGGAACACAAACCUCUGCAGAUCAAAGAAGAGGAACCAGAAAAUCUGCAGAUGAAGGAGGAAAUGGAAAUUCUUCAGAUCAAAGAGGAGGAACCAGAUCCUGUGCAGAUCAAAGAAGAACCAGAAGUGGAACUCAAAGAGGAAAAGGAGAAAGACCGUUUUGAAGACAAGCCAAAAGAUGACUACAUGUCACCCAAGACACCCAGCAAAGGCAAAGCCCCAGCGCCUAAAAAAACGAAGGUCCAAGCGGUCCAACCACAGCAGGAGUCUUCAUCGGAUGAAGAGUCUGAGCAGGCUUCAGUGGCGGAUACAGGGGAUGAACGUUCUUCCCAUGGUGAAGAGGAGCCCGAUGUCGAAGAGAAGAUAGUGUCCUUUUUUAAAGAGAGGCCCCAUUUCUACGACCUUACGCAUGCAUCGUACAAGAACAAGCAGCGGAGGAAUUUUGAGCUGACAGAGUUCGCAAGCGCCCUGGGCCAUGGCUGGACUGCAGAGAAGUUGUGGAAGAGGUUCGUCAGUUUGAGGACAGACUAUGGCAAGCUCCUCAAAGUCAUCCGUAAGGACAAGUCUAACUCUGGGGCAAAGAAGCUGACACCGAAGCAGCAAUGGAAGUUACGCCGAAUGCAGUUCCUCGAUCCUCACCGGAAGAAGGCUGGUGUUGAUGAGGAGGAAGAACUAGGAAAUGUGCCCACUGUUCCUGCUGGAGAGGCCAGUGACGCAGAGGAGGUAUCUGACGCGGACGACACCCUGGCUGCAUCUCCAAAGCCCCCCACUUUCACUCCCGCAGAAGGCGUCCGAGGCAGGAAGUCCUUGCCCCAGAAGAAAGACAGCAGCGGCAUUGCCACAGUCCUGAGGGAAUUCUUGCAGGCCGAGAGGGGGCGUGAGGAGGAGGUUAACAAAGGGAUUCGGGACAGAGACAGAUUGGUGGACGAGCGAACGGCCUGGUCAUCGUGGUUUGCCUCAGCCUGUGCUGAUGUGCCCGCCAAACGGUUUAGAGAGUUCCAGGGGGAGACGUUCUCCCUCCUGAUGCGUUACCUGAACCCCCCCACUGUGCCUGUUGCAACACAACCUCCCCCACAGCAGUACCAGCCCCAGCAGCAAACUUGGCAGCAGCCCCCGCAUCAGCCGCUGCAGCACACUUGGCAGCAACCCCCGCAUCAGCCGCUCCAGCACGCUUGGCAGCAGCCCCCGCAGCAGUACCAGAGAGCAUACGUUCAGCCAGACUCCUCUUACAAUACUACUGUGUUGGGUGAGCCUACCCAUACCAGGCCCACCUCUGCCACUCCGCUUUCAAGCACUCCAAUUUUGCAUUAUUCUAGUCAGCCUUCAGGCAGCCAACAUCAGCAACCGUCCACAUCUGACCCCCAGUUACAGCAUCUGGAUGAGGGUCCCAGAUCAUCUUUCAACAAAAGUGGCUUUGGCAAGUCAGGGCCUGGAUAAUUAGUGUGCCUAUGGAUGAAGUACCUGUGUGGCUAUUUGUGCCUAUGGAUAAAGUUUGGAGAGCUGGUAUCUUUGCUGUGACACAUUCUGUAUUUGUUAUAUAUUUUGUGACAAAAAGGCACUUGACUUGCGUGUAAAUUGUGACAGUCAGGUUUGUGUGGUGCUUUGUUAUGGUAAAAAUAAAGUGUUGUUUUCGUAUA